UUUAGGCUCCGCCCCUUUUGACGCAGUUCCUGUUUUUACCGGGCUUUAUUUUGUACCGCUGCUAUUAAUAAUAAUAAGUUAUACUUUUGAUGCUUAUUUAUCAUGCAUUUAUUUUGAUUGUAAGAUUUCCGGAUUGUGCAAGUGGUUUAAAAAAUAACUGUUAAUGCUUGUUAAAAGCAAAAUGGCGGAAGAGCCGCAGCUACAUCGCUGUUAGCAUCCGAUUUCUGCUCCCUGGAGCAGUGUGUGGACCGACCUGCUGUCCUCCGGCCGGAGUUCAGCGCUUCUCUGGGCAGUUUGAGGGCAAACACUGAACACGGACCGAGGGGAGACCACGGCGGCUGCAGGGAGCAGCGGCUAGCAGGGAGCAGCGGCUAGCAGGGAGCAGCGGCUAGCAGCAGUAGCGGCUAGCAGCAGCAGCGGCUAGCAGCAGCUAGCAGCAGCAGCGGCUAGCAGCAGUAGCGACCUCCCCGCCGUAUGAGAGAGCAGCCUCAGCUCGGCGGAUAGCUGUCAGCUCUCCAUGAGGAGGAACAUCGCGGAUGUUGAUGACCUUAACUCUCCAACAACAGGCAGCAAAGAUGAACCGGAAGAAAGACAAAGGAUUUGAGAGCCCUCGGCCUUUUAAAUUGACCCACCAGGUGGUGUGCAUCAACAACAUCAACUUCCAGAGGAAGUCUGUCAUUGGCUACGUGGAGCUGACCAUCUUCCCCACUGUGGUCAACCUGAACCGGAUCAAGCUCAACAGCAAACAGUGCCGCAUCUACAGGGUGAGAGUCAACGAGCUGGAGGCACCGUUCAUCUACAAUGACCCCACCCUGGAGGUGUGCCACAGCGAGUCCAAGCAGCGGAACCUGAACUACUUCUCCAGUGCCUACACGGCGGCGGUCAGUGCAGUGGACCCGGAUGCUGGGAACGGAGAACUGGUGAUCAAAGUUCCCUCUGAGCUCUGGAAGCAGGGAGACGAUCUGAAGGUGCUGAAGGUUUACAUCGAGUUCUCCCUGGACCAGCCCAAAGGGGGGCUCCACUUUGUUGUUCCUGAUGUAGAAGGCAGCAUGGCGGAGAGGGGGGCCCACGUCUUCUCCUUUGGAUACCAGAACUCCACCAGGUUCUGGUUCCCCUGUGUGGACUCCUAUUCGGAGCUGUGUACCUGGAAGCUGGAGUUCACUGUGGAUGCAUCCAUGGUGGCCGUGUCCUGUGGGGACCUGAUGGAGACCAUCUACACCCACGACAUGAGGAAGAAGACCUUCCACUACGUCCUCCCCAUCCCCACUGCGGCCCCCAACAUCUCCCUGGCUGUGGGGCCCUUUGAAAUCCUGGUAGACCCCUACAUGCACGAGGUAACCCAUUUCUGCCUGCCUCAGCUGCUUCCUCUGCUCAAACACUCCAUGUCCUACCUGCAUGAGAUCUUUGAGUUCUACGAGGAGAUCCUGACGUGCCGCUACCCGUAUUCCUGCUUCAAGACUGUGUUUGUGGAUGAGGCCUACGUGCAGGUGUCUUCCUACGCCUCCAUGAGCAUCUUCAGCACCAACCUGCUGCACAGCCCUACCAUCAUCGACCAGACCCCGCAGACCCGCCGCUGUCUGGCUCAGGCCCUGGCCCAGCAGUUCUUUGGCUGUUUCAUCUCCAGGAUGUCCUGGGCUGAUGAGUGGGUGUUGAAGGGCAUCUCUGGCUACAUCUACGGCCUCUACCUGAAGAAGACCUUUGGAGUCAAUGAAUACCGCCACUGGAUCAAAGAGGAGCUGGACCGGAUCGUUGACUACGAGCUGAAGAUGGGAGGCGUUUUGCUGCACCCCACCUUCAUUGGAGGCAAAGAGAAGGACAAUCCUACUCCCCACCUCCACUUCUCCAUCAAGCACCCCCACACUCUGUCCUGGGAGUACUUCAGGAUGUUCCAGUGCAAGGCCCACCUGGUGAUGAGGCUGAUUGAGAACCGGAUCAGCAUGGAGUUCAUGCUGCAGGUCUUCAACAAGCUGCUGAGCCUGGCCAGCACCGCAUCCUCUCAGAAGUACCAGAGCCACAUGUGGAGCCAGAUGCUGCUGUCCACCCACGCCUUCCUCAAGUCCAUCUCCAACGUCUCCGGCAAAGACAUCGGCCCUCUGAUCAAGCAGUGGGUCAGAGAUCAGAGCGGCGUGGUGAAGUUUUUCGGCAGCUUUGCUUUCAACAGGAAGAGGAACGUUCUGGAGCUGGAGAUCCGCCAGGACUACACGUCCUCUGGAACCCAGAAAUAUGUGGGCCCCAUCAAGGUGACGGUCCAGGAGCUGGAUGGCUCCUUCAACCACACGCUGCAGAUAGAGGAGAACAGCCUGAAGCAUGACAUCCCCUGCCACUCCAAGAGCAGAAGGAACAAGAAGAAGAAGAUUCCCCUGAUGAAUGGAGAAGAAGUGGACAUGGACCUGUCUGCUAUGGACGCCGACUCUCCUCUGCUGUGGAUCCGGAUCGACCCGGACAUGUCCAUCCUGAGGAAGGUGGAGUUCGAGCAGGCCGACUUCAUGUGGCAGUACCAGCUGCGAUACGAGAGGGACGUGGUGGCACAGGAGGAAGCCAUCACAGCGCUGGAGAAGUUCCCCACCCCCGCCUCCAGACUAGCUCUGACGGACAUCCUGGAGCAGGAACAGUGUUUCUACAAGGUCCGCAUGCAGGCCUGCUUCUGCCUGGCCAAGAUCGCCAACGCCAUGGUGAGCACAUGGCAGGGUCCACCAGCCAUGAAGUCUCUGUUCACCAGAAUGUUCUGCUGUAAGAGCUGCCCCAACAUCGUCAGAACCAACAACUUCAUCAACUUCCAGAGCUACUUCCUGCAGAAGACCAUGCCGGUUGCCAUGGCGUUACUCAGGGACGUGCAGAACCUGUGUCCUAAAGACGUUCUCAACUUCAUCCUGGAUCUCAUCAAGUAUAACGACAACCGGAAGAACAAGUUCUCAGACAACUACUACCGGGCUGAGCUGAUCGAGGCGCUGACCAACGCGCUGACUCCGGCCAUCAGCAUCAACAACGAGGUCCGGACCGUGGAGAACCUGAACCCGGACGUCCGCCUCAUCCUGGAGGAGAUCACCCGCUUCCUGAACAUGGAGAAGCUGCUGCCCAGCUUCAGGAACACCAUCACUGUGAGCUGCCUGAAGGCCAUCCGUCAGCUGCAGAAGAACGGUCACAUUCCCAGCGACCCGUCCCUCUUCAGGGCCUACGCUGAGUACGGACACUUCGUAGACGUCCGUCUUUCUGCGCUGGAGGCUCUAGUGGACUACACCACGGUUGAGAGGAGCUCCACAGACCUGCAGUGGCUGCUGGACCUGGUCCAAAGCGACCCGGUUCACUACGUCAGACACAAGGUUCUGGGCAUGCUGAGUAGGAACCCCCCCUUCACCAAGGCAGCCGACUCUGGCCUGUGCACCGAGGCUCUGGUGGAUCAGCUGUGGAGGCUGAUGAACUCAGGUGAGGAGCAGCAGCCCUGAGAGGAACCACAACCAGGGGCCCCUGGGGGGGUGGCGGGGCCGAUGAUAGAAGUGUGGAAGCUGAAGGUUUCAGGGACUAAUGACAGCAGUUCUCCCCUCUGAUUGGUUAGUCCUGCUGCAGGGUUCAGUCCAGGGACCUUCUUGGUUCCCCUGGUCUCCUACGGGGCCUCCUAUCUGCCGGUCGUCCUCCAUGUUCUUCCCCCAUUGUCUCCUCAGGUUUCAGUGUUUCUUUUCUUCCCGGGGGGUCGGCUGCUCCUCCAGCUUGCUAACGCAGCCAUCCAGCAGCGCCAAGGUUCCUGUCCAGAAUCAUAAAUAUGUUCACAGCUUCAGUUUCCUUCCAGGCCUGAGGUCUAGGGGCCAGCUGUGGUUUCCAAGUGGAGGAGGAGGGUCCCGGUUGUUAGCGGCGGACCGGUGGGCGGCCCGGCUGCUGCUGCCAGCUUAAAUAUUGUGGUUAGCUUAAACAGUGCGUAAUGAGAGCUGGCCCCGCUGGUAACACACGCUCACAGGAUGAUGUUUUCCUGCUGAAGGUCGGCCCCGUACGCUUGGAGCUGCUGAUUUAUUGCCACCCCCAUCCCCAACCGGCCGGGCUGUUUGGGUCGUGGGCUUGAGUCCAACCAGUCCUCUGGCUCUGCUUGGUUCUGGUGCCGCAGAGGGCCCUUUAUCCAGCUCUGCAUUGUCUCUGUGGUCAGGAUGGGGAGCCAUCGGUUCUGGGGGGCCCGGUCGGACCCCCGGUGCCAGAAAGCCCGGCACCAGUGGUCAGAGGUCAGACAUUACAUCACAAUAAUUCUGGGCUAUAAUCACAAUAUUUUAAAAGGACCUUCAGAACCAACAGGGUGCAUAAAAUAAACUCAUUUAAACUUUAAACCUUUUAUUUGAACCAGAUCAAAGCUUUUCUGCCUCAUUCUGUCUUUGGGUGUCAGAAUUAGAUCUUUAACAAGAUCCCAGCAACCAACCAGGAAACCAAAACACACAAUAAUAAAUAAAAAGGCUCUUUUGUGCUUAAUUAAAAAAAGUAAUUGACCUCAAAUUAGAAAAACUAAAGUGGAAAUAGCUUCCAAAUAUCAGAGCGUUAUUAGCGUUGAUCUUUAUUAUAAAAAGUAGUAAAGUUGAGAACAUUGCCAAGUUUAGCAAACGCCUGUAAAACCUCUGAACCAUCAUCCGGGCUGUUAGAGCAUCGAAUAAACCUUGAAAUUAGCUCGUAAAAUGCGUCUGUGAUUUCCCUCCAUGUCUUCCUGUUUCUCUUAUAUGGGAUCGCUUCACAUCGGCUUCACCACUGAUUGAUUGAUCGUUUUAAUUGAUGCGGGGAGAUGCUGACAUGCAGAAUUUACAACAUUCUUCAGCAGUGGGCUGCCAUUGUGCGGCGCCCAGGGAGCAGAGUGGGGUUAAGGGUCUUUGCUCAGGGACCCAGAGUGGCAGUCUGUGGGAGUGGGGCUUGAACUCAGAACCUCCAGGACUGCAGUGCAGUGCUCUAACAUAUAGACUAAACAUAAUUUCAUGUCUAGGUUUGAUUGUGUACAUAAAUCUUGCCCUUCUGAGGCUGUAAAGCUUCCAACUAUUUUAUGAGAAUGUUUGAGAAUGACAGUCUUAGCUGUCUUUAUCCAUGCUGGCUCAGCGACAGUUGGGGAGAGUUUAGUUCUGUAGAAACAGGUGUAGACGACGUUAU